AUGGGGCUUGUUUUAGACGCAUCUGCUGUGGAGAAAUCCCAGCGAGACAUGCAGUCUUACCAGAUAAAAAACAACAACUCCCUUCAACUGCGAGCUUUCUUGUUCAAUGAAUCAGGUAUGUUUACCAAAGAUGGGAGAAAGUUACCUGGAAGUGUAACGAAGGAGGAUAUUGAUGAUGUUUCUAAAAGACCAAUAGGUCGUGGAGCCAGUGGUACCGUUUAUUUUGCCAAACUUAAAGAUGGGACCCCUGUGGCUCUAAAGCACAUACCUAUAACAUCUAAGCCACAUCGCGAUGAAGUAGAUCGGGAACUCUCUUUCUUCAGCUCUCAAUCAAAUUCACCUUUUGUCAUGAAAAAUCUAGGUGCUUUCUGGGAUUCUGAGGAAGCCGCCAUCGUGAUACCAAUGGAAUGGAUGGCAUAUACUUUAAAAGAUCUGGCUUACUUUUGGGAAGGUAUAGAAGAGACUAUACUACGUGAUAUAUUUUUUCAAGUGGUCUCUGGGCUAGUUUAUCUUCAUGACAAAAAACGUGUGAUUCAUAGGGAUAUAAAACCAAGCAAUUUGCUUAUUCGAGAUGAUGGAUAUGUUAAGAUCGGUGACUUUGGAGUAUCGAAACUUGUUCAAACUCUUGACGUAUCCUCAACUUAUGUCGGGACAAUGUAUUUCAUGGCACCAGAACGUUUGGAACAAGGCGCAUAUAGCUUUAGUAGUGAUGUUUGGUCCCUUGGCUUAACAAUGAUAGCCACAGUAACUGGUAAAAAUCCAUGGGCACCACCGGAGGAAAUGAAUUUAUUUCAGCUCUUGGGAAGAAUAUCAGGGGAUACAACGCCAACAUUACCAGAAAAACCAGCAUAUUCUGAUGAGGCCCGUGAUUUUGUCAGAAAGUGUUUGGUUAGGGAUCCACAACAACGACCGUCAACUGCAGAUCUGCUGAAACAUCCCUUUUUUAAGGGUUGUACGGAAGAAACAGCUGUUGCAAAUGUCAAACUUGCUGUUCAGCAGAUGACUCGUCUUAUCAAGAAUGAUGCAAAAAAAUCUGAAUCUAUGAGACGUUCUCAGGCGGAUGUCACGAAGGAAGUAAACGCUAUGCUGGACAAGUUAGGUACUCUGUAG